UGGUUCUCACCAGGUGGGACCCGCUUGUCGGUCAGUAGACACGAGCGGAGCACCGAGGACUAACCGAGCGGGCGCGCAGCACAUCAUCUUCCUCACCGGCGGCGGCGGCGGCGGCAUGGGGAUGGGCGGUCGAGGUGUGGUUGGCGACAGGUGGUCGCAGCGCGUCCUCUGGAUGUGCGCCAUCGGCAGCGCCGUGAGCCUGUACUUUGUGGCGGUGGAGAGGCAGGCGCAGAACCGCGCGCGGGCGGUGUCCGAGGGCUUCAAGGGCCUGGACGGCGCAGGCGGAGGCGGCAGCCGUGGCGGGGAGGACGUGUAACUUUGGCGGCGCCGAGGUGAAAGGGCGUGUAGAGAUGUGCCUUUCUGCUCGAAGCCUGAGACAAGUUAGAGUUUUCUUAUCUGCUGCUUGUUCACAAGAUUCACAGAAUCGUUGCAAUAAUAAUGUACUGCUAAUUGCCCCCUGUGUUGCGGUAUGUCAAUGCUUGGGGGGCAAGAAUUGUUAUCUGACGACCUGGAUGGUUUUAUGUGUGAAAUAUGAGUUGGAAAAUUCAGAUUA